GCGGUAUGUGGGCCGUGCGAGCCGCCGUCCGCCCGGCGUCCUGGCUCUUUCGCGUGGCUCGCGGCUGCGGGGCUCCGAGGGCCGCGCCACCGCUGUCGCCCUGCCCGGAGCGUGCGCUCGCCGCCUUCCGAGGGGGCCUGGGGUGCCCGGAGGGGCGAGGGGGUGGGGGGCGGGGACCACGUGCAGAUGGCCGGAGAAGUCGGACUGGAGGAAAGGAGGGUGAGGAGGAACCAGAAGCUGCGGAGGAGGAGGAAGAGGAGGAGGAGGAGCUGCUGAGGAGGGACCCUUUGCUGCCGGCGGGGACCCAGCGCGUGUGCUUGGUUCACCCUGACGUCAAGUGGGGGCCCGGGAAGCCGCCGGGGACCCGAGCUGAGUGGCAGGUGGUGGAGGCACAGGCGCUGGUGCACACGCUGGAUGGCUGGUCGGUGGUGGACACGGUGGUGGUGCCCACCAAAACGCCAGACAGGAAGCUCGUCUUCGGCAGAGGGACCUUGGAGCGCCUGACAGAGAAAAUCAGAGGGUCCCCGGAAAUCACCGCCGUCUUCCUGAAUGUGGAGAGGAUGGCUGCACCCACCAAGAAAGAACUGGAAGCCGCCUGGGGUGUGCAGGUGUUCGACCGAUUCACGGUGGUUCUUCAUAUUUUCCGCUGCAACGCCCGCACCAAGGAGGCCCGGCUGCAGGUGGCGCUGGCCGAGCUCCCCCUGCUCAGGUCCCACCUGAAAAACAACGUUGCCUACCUGGGUGGACGAGGACGGGACUCUCGCCACAUCAUGGGGUCAGGAGAGUCUUUCAUGCAGGUGCAAGAGCGCCUCCUGAAAGAUAAGGAAGCGAAGAUUCGAAAGGCCCUGGACAGACUCCGCCGGAAGAAGCUUCUCCUGGGGCAGCAGCGGAGGCGGCGGGAGUUCCCUGUGGUCUCCGUGGUUGGAUACACGAACUGCGGAAAGACCACGUUGAUCAAGGCCCUGACAGGGGACGCCGCCAUCCAGCCCCGGGACCAGCUAUUUGCCACGCUGGACGUCACAGCCCACGCGGGGAGGCUGCCCUCCCGGCUGACUGUCAUCUACAUGGACACCAUUGGCUUCCUCUCCCAGCUGCCCCACAGCCUGGUCGAGUCCUUCUCGGCCACCCUGGAGGACGUGGGCCAUUCGGUGAGUGUGGAGGGCCAGGUCGCCUCAAAUACCCACCAACAGGAGGCAGGUCCCCUCAUCCCAACAUCACGGGCCUGGGUCCCCUCAUCACAACAUCACGAGCCUGGGUCCACUCAUCACAGCAUCACGGGACAGGGUCCCCUCAUCACAGCAUCACGGGGCAGGGUCCCCUCAUCACUGCAUCAUGGGGCAGGGUCCCCUCAUCACAGCAUCCCAGGGCAGGGUCCCCUCAUCACAGCAUCCCAGGGCAGGGUCCCCUCAUCGCAGCAUCACGGGGCAGGGUCCCCACAUCGCAGCAUCACUGGACAGGGUCCCCUCAUCACAGCAUCACGGGACAGGGUCCCCUCAACACAGCAUCACGGGCCUGGGUCCCCUCAUCCCAACAUCUUGGGGCAGGGUCCCCUCAUCACAGCAUCACAGGACAGGGUCCCCUCAUCACAGCAUCACGGGACAGGGUCCCCUCAUCACAGCAUCACGGGGCAGGGUCCCCUCAUCACAGCAUCACGGGCCUGGGUCACCUCAUCCCAACAUCACGGGGCAGGGUCCCCUCAUCACAGCAUCACGGGGCAGGGUCCCCUCAUCACAGCAUCACGGGACAGGGUCCCCUCAUCGCAGCAUCACGGGACAGGGUCCCCUCAUCACAGUAUCACGGGGCAGGGUCCCCUCAUCACAGCAUCACGGGGCAGGGUCCCCACAUCACAGCAUCCCGGGGCAGGGUCCCCUUAUCGCAGCAUCACGGGGCAGGGUCCCCUCAUCACAGCAUCACGGGCCUGGGUCCCCUCAUCACAGCAUCCCGCGGCAGGGUCCCCUCAUCACAGCAUCCCGGGGCAGGGUCACAUUACACAAAACUUCACGAUGACUGGAUCCCCCCCAUCCCUGACCCUCAGCGAGCUGUGCUCUGUACGAGUGUAAGUGCUGUGAAGGCAAUGCUAAUGAAGAAGGGGUUCUCUGCACCUUUUGGCUGCACUGGGGCCCCGAGCCAGUGAACCCUGGCAUUUACUCAGGGUGCAGGGGCUGCGGGGCCCUCCGGGUGACAGAUGCCCCAGCACCUUCGAGGUCACAGCAGCUGAGCCUGAGGGCCACGUGCAGCUGCCAGCACCGUUCUCAAAAGUGUCUGAAAAUCUAGAACUGAACUGAAACGCUGAUUAAAAGAAAAUUUAAGUUCAUCCAAAAAAAGAGACAACCCAGAAGCGAACCCCCCAAAUUGUGAAGGGCACGUCCUUCCUGUGGCAGAAUUACUACCCUCAGCUGCUCUUUCUCCUUUUCUGUCUCUUCUGAAUUUUGCAUAAGGUACCUGCCUGUAAAACGUGUGGAAUAGGGGUGGAAGCCUUUUUAGAACGUGAGCUUGGUUUCACAGAACAGUGGAGCGGCCCGGAGCCUCGAGCACAGCACCCGCCGGGUGGGGGGUUGGUGACGGGGCAAGUGGCCGCACGCAGGCGUAGGGCCAGCACCUGCGGGGCGGGGACACGAGGCGGCCCCUCAGUCCGGGUGCACCUGGAGCGGCAGCCUGGCCCGGAACGAGGGGCACUGGGGGGCUCCGUGCACGGCAGAGCGGCUCUGUGGCCUCAGGUCCCACCUGCCCCCUUGGGGCACAAGCCUCCGUGGGGCGGCCGCACCCACCUCCCACGGAGAGCGGUGCGCAGCCCCCAUCGUGGACCUGGCGGGUCCUCCCGAGCGGGGCCAGGCACCGCUGGCCCCGAGCUCUCCGACUGCCCGGCCCCUCUGGUCCUCAGGAUCUGAUCGUCCACGUGCGAGACGUGAGCCACCCCGAGACAGAGCUGCAGAAGGCCAGCGUCCUGUCGGCCCUGCGGACCCUGCAGCUGCCGCGCCCGCUGCUGGACUGCAUGGUGGAA